CUUCCCUACGCGCUGACGUCUCCGGUUGGAAUUGCGUUAAAGACAUACAAAGCACUGUACAUCCGGCCGAUUGCCCUGCCCUUUUCAGACACCAACCAACAAUCUGCAUGACAGUUUGCCCUUCGGACUUGGGCUCUGGGGUGCUUCGCAAACAUUCACCGAACCGUUUUGGGGCAUCUUUGGGCUGAAGUUGCGCAUUGCACCUUGAGCUCGCUGGCACCCAUCCCCAUCGAACGCCGGUCUGGUCUUGAAGCGACACCUUGGACACCUUGGACCAUUAUCUUGGUUCUCAUCGACAUCCGACCCGAACACACCGCCUUACUUGCUUUGCUGUCUCGCCAGUGAUUCGACCACUUCUUUUUUUCUCUUUCUCGGUGCCAUGGUUCGGUAGACACCCGCUUGCCCACGACCACCCUGUAUCAUCAUGGCAAACAAUGGCCCGACCAUCAAGACUGAGCCUGGAGCCCAGGACGAAGAGGCAUGGGACGAGGAGCGUCUGGAACUGGCUUUGAACCAGCUCAAGAUAUUGCACAUCAAACUUCGAGGUUUGCGCACAACCAUCCCAAGAAUGAUGGAGCCACUCUCGGCGAAGCAGUCAUCCCCCCAAAUCAAGUUUGACUCCAUCCUGGGUUCUGUCGCCGCCGCCAAGAAGGAGGUGCAGGACUUUCAGGACCUUCGAAAGAGCGAAAAGAUCACCGAAAUCAUGGACCACGCUGCCCGGCGCCGAAGAGAAGAACCUAACGGGAUCAAGGUCUGGCAAGCAACAGAUCAUGCUGACUGGGCGACGACAACGACGGCGACGACGGCGACGAUGGCGAUAGAAUCAUAGCCCUAGCAUAUUUUCGACCUGAUCAUAUAGUGCACGUGGCGUUAGACGGUUCGGAUGGGAAAAGGGGGGGAGGGGGGUCAUUGUUGGGAAUCGGCUUCGGCGUCGGCGUAAUAGAGGACCACUAGAACAAAGGUUUUGAAGAGGUCAUUGGAUACAACAGCAAGUCUACAGCCCGCCGUGUCAUAAGGCGUUAAAAAAACAUUGUGUUUUUUUAGUCGGAAACCAGCCU